AUGUCUGACAUUUCCUCGCAGCUUCAUGGCGGUUACGCCCACCCCUUGUCGCGAUCAUGGCAAGGUCAAUCACGCAGGAUCACAAAGUCCAUGUUCAUGUAUCCUCUGUUCAUUUCUGAUGAUCCGGAUGCCGAAGCUCCGCUCAAAGGCAUGCCCAACCAGAGGAGGUGGGGCGUGAACAAGCUGCCAGGAUUCUUGGAACCUCUGAUCAAGAAGGGCCUGAGCAGCGUCAUCCUGUUCGGUGUUCCUGAGCGGAAACCCAAAGAUGAGAUCGGGACUCUUGCGGACGAUCCAGAGGGGCCCGUCAUCAGCGCCGUCAAGACGCUCCGUGAAAAGUUCCCAGAUCUCUACGUGGCCUGCGACGUUUGCCUCUGCGAAUACACUUCUCACGGACACUGCGGUAUCCUGCACGCCGACGGCUUGAUCAACAAUGGACCGAGCGUGAAGAGGCUAGCAGAUGUCGCUCUAGCUUACGCCAAAGCUGGUGCGCAUUGCGUCGCCCCGUCGGACAUGAUGGAUGGACGCGUAGGAGCCAUCAAGAGGGCGCUCAUCGAUAGCGGUCUGGUGGGAAAGACGAGCUUGAUGAGCUACAGCGCUAAAUUCGCGAGCUCUCUCUAUGGCCCGUUCAGAGAUGCCGUUGCGUCUGCUCCAGCGUUUGGUGACAGAAGGUGUUACCAGCUGCCUCAGAAUGCGCGGGGCUUGGCACGUCGAGCGAUUGUGCGCGAUGUUGGCGAGGGUGCAGACAUCAUCAUGGUCAAGCCUGGCAGCAUCUAUCUAGACAUUCUCGCCGAGGCGCGACAAUUGGCACCGGACCAUCCUCUGGCUGUCUACCACGUGUCGGGAGAGUACGCAGCGCUACACGCAGCAGCCGCAGCUGGAGUUUACGACCUGAAAGCGCAGGUGGUAGAGCUGAGCGAAGCUUUCGUCAGAGCUGGCGCCACUAUCAUUCUCAGCUACUUCAGCCCGGAGUUGAUGGAUUGGCUGGAUGAAUAA